GCGCCCCCUGCCCUGGUCGGGCCGAACGCGCUUAAAAGGCGGCGGUGCGCAAGCGCCGCCUCUUGGAGGGCCGGAGGAGCGCUGCUGCGCAUGCGCGGCCGCCGCCACAAGGAGAGGCCAGGAGCGUCGCACAGCCGCCGCCGCCAUGGAGGGUCUGCUGUACGGCCGCCUGCCCGCCGGCGCGGCGGAGGAGCUGGGCGCACAGCCUCAAGGCUCCGAAGAGGCCAAGGCGUUUGUAACCGCCUUCCUGAAGCGCAGUAUGCCAAAAAUGAAAGACGAAGCUAUCCAGGACAUGCUGACGCGGAAAGCUGUGGUUCUUGAGCAUUACUCUAGUAAAAAGAAAAAGGGAAAGAGGAAGAAAACAAAAGGUUUUACUGCCAAACAAAGGCGAGAAUUGCGGCUUUUUGAAAUUGAACCCGAACAGCGAAGAUAUGCACUCUUUCUACCACUACAUGAACUUUGGAAACAGUAUAUCAGAGACCUAUGUUAUGGACUUAAACCAGAUGCGCAACCACAGAUGGUUCAGAGCAAACUGCUAAAAGCUGAUCUCCAUGGAGCUAUUGUUACAGUAACAAAAUCAAAGUGCCCCUCUUAUGUUGGGAUAACAGGAAUCAUUCUACAGGAAAUGAAACAUGUCUUCAAAAUUAUCACUAAAGAGGACAAAUUAAAAGUUGUUCCCAAACUCAACAAUGUAUUUAGCUUGGAGAUUGAUGGAUUUAUUUCCUACAUCUACGGAAGCAAGUUCCAGCUUAGAGCAAGUGAACGAUCUGCGAAAAAGUUCAAGUUGAAAGGAACUAUUGACCUAUGAUUUCAUGGAAAUACAGAAAUGUUACUAAUAAAAGUCCGCUGCUUUCCUGCAGUUUAAAGCCCAGGUUUUAUGGCAAAUUGAAAAUGAAAUGACUAAUGUGUGAAGUUCUUUGUAAAGCAUUUCUUCAUACUGAAGAAUCACUAGAAUCUGUUUUGUCUUAAACUGCAACAGUUUGAGACUGCUUUGUGGUUGCAUGUUUUGUUACAUGUAUGUAACAUUCUGAUCUUUAUUAAACUUGACUAUGGAUUACCUGG